CGGUCAAUGAUCUUUCCGGGGAUGCGACGACUUCACUUGAUCCUUCGCUUUAGAAGCUGCUGAGCACCUGCACACAAAUUCUGAAUUUUCUUGUUGUGGGUGGUAUUCCGGGACGAGCCCAGGGGCCGACUCCCUCCUUAUCUUUAUCUUUUAAUUGUUCGAAUGACCUUUUUCUACCUUACUGACUCUGAGUAUCCCUCUAGGGAUGUGUUCAAUCUCCAAAUCGUCAAGGCUGCGAUGCAUGUGAAGGGAUGCGAAUCGAAUGUAUGUCCUGUCCGAUCAGGAUGGUAAAAGGAUCGUCCAGAGCUCAGGAGUGCCUGCAGGAGGUCAGAACACUAGCUUCCAGUCUAGCUGGACGUACUGGAAUCACGCUUCUUCCAGUAACUCGUCAGUUCCUCUCAGAUUUGCAGUUGGUAUUUGGGAGUGCCAUAUGUCGCGAUCCAGCAACCCUUGCACCGUCCACCAUUGCCUCGUCGCUAAAACCACCAAAUAACUCCUAUGGGUGGCCGAGUGGAGGAGAGGGCCCUCUGCCCAACGAUACAUCUUCCUUUAGGGUUCGGUCCGUCCAAGACUCCCCGGCCACUCAUCAUAUCCAUUCAGCUCCUCUCCCCUCGCCUGGGUAUGCUAGUAAUGGCAUCAGCGAAUGGUCCAUCUUGAGUGUUGGGCCUCUCGCGCAUCCACCACAUGUGCCCAGUCUCGGCACUAGCUCCUUCACUAGCACUGACUCUGCCUUCCGCCCCUCCGCAUCUUCGUCACCACAAGUGACUCCUAACCCAGGAAUACCAUUCAACAGCGAACAAUGGACCCCCACAACACUGGGCACCUCACACGUUGACUAUGACCUUCCUGGACCUUCUCAUUUACCUCCCUACCCGCGAUCAAAUGCAUUUAUGGCCGAAGCCAACCAGGGGCUCCUGGAAGAGUAUUCGGACUCAGGCUCGGAUGCUGUUAUUUGGCUUAGAGGCUUGGCUCGAAGUAUGGGAUACCGCCUUGUCCCUCUCUGAGCUGCCCUUUCGCACCACCCCCUCGGUCUGAUGGUUUUUGUUCUGCGGCUUUGUCUACCUUGAUUUAGCGGGACUCAUCGAAUGAUCAUAAAGAUAUAGUUUGUGUAUCGCCAUCUG